CAACCAUAUCUUAUUCACCACGCUGCAAUGUAAAAACAAACAACGAACUAAAUACAGAUUCAAUUAAGUUCGAAAAUGAAACGCAAGCGUUUUUGUUUUCUUUUUUCUCUGUUGUUCUUGAUUGAAUCAGUUUUAUCCAAUGGUCAUAAUAAUGGUCAAAGACGAGCUUCGCCCAGGGAAAUUCAAAAAAUUGUACGUGAUCCUAGAGCCAUUAAUGGCCACUUGGAAACCAUAGCAGAAAAGAGAACUGAAAUAGGUGCGUCCACACAUGAAGAAAACUUCUUGCAAAUAUUUGAAGAUUUGUCUACCAUUUCGAGCAUGGAAGCGGUGCUUAUAUUCGACCAUUAUGAUGCCGACAACUCCGGGGAUUUGGAAGAAUCUGAAGUCCAUAAUUACAUGUAUGAUUUGCUGGAGCUGGAAACUGGGGUGCAGAGUGAUGUCCAGUCCAAAAUUCUGGCGGCAACAACUCUGAACAACUUUGACGAGGACGAGAGCGGAAGUCUGGAUUACUCUGAGAUGGCCUCUCUUCUGGAUAUAGAGCCAAACGUGUUGGAUGGUCUGAGUGUCGGUUACAGUCCAGAUGGAAUUGACCCAGUAUUUGCGUACUAUGAUCGGUCUGAAAAUGGAGUAAUUGAUGGCGAGGAAUUGAACGUUCUGGGGUUCGACCUGCUUCGUUUGGAUCAUCAGAAAGACAUUGAGUGGUUCCAGAUCAAAGACGAAGUGGAAUGGACGCUUAAGAAGCUUAACUUGACCAGCGAAGAGGGAAUUGAUAAACAACAGUUAACGAAGCUGCUGCAAGAUUUUCUGCAACCAGGAACUACUCUACCUCAAAUCUCAGUUAGCAACUAUGCUACUACAGAAACAGAAACUCAGCCUACAUUGAGUGCCUCAGUCACAACAACGAUUAAUCCUCAAAUUGAGUGGGAGAGUGAAAAUGCCGGCGAAUACUUUUACGAACUUGAAUCGGGCGAAAUCUAUUCCUCAGGGGAAAUAUUCGAAGAGAAAUCUGAAAAAGCACGGAAAACAAAAGAUUUCGAAAGUGAAAAACCGCAAACAAAUGCAAUUCAAUGGGAGCCGGAAGAAAUAAUGGACAAAGAAGACUACUACUCUGAAUUUGAUUAUUCUGGUGAAAUUUUUUCUAGUGAAUUUUUAGUCCAGGCCUCCGGUUCAGGCGAAGAUUACUAUGAGCAUGAGUCAUCAGGCAAGUCUUCCAAACAUUUUGUGGAAAUGGAACAACAAGCAGAUGAUUAUGAUGAAAGCGACAUCGGACUCAGUUCGGGCGAAUUACUUUCUGGUGAAAUAACUGAAGACACUUACGAAUAUAGUGAGUUGUCUGCAUUGACGAAAACAAAUGUAGAAUUAAGCACAAAUGCACCGAAAAACAGCAAAAAUAUCGAAUGGGAAAAAGAGGAGGCCGAAGAUGAUAAUGAAUAUGAGUUUGAUUCUGGUUGGUUUGAAUCAGGAAUGAUAGAAGAAGCUAAUUAUGAAACCACUGAGGUCCCACAAACGAAAACGUCAAAACUAAAAACAAAUUACUCAAACGUGAGUCAGGUCACUACGACCGAAUCUUCGGUGUGGGAAACUUACGAGCCCGUAGAACCGGAAGUCGCGGAAAAUGACUCUGAUUUUGGAUCAGGAGGGGUUUUUGAAGAAACUAACUUUUCUGCAAUUAAUUAUGAUAAUUAUGACGAGGAAGAAGUUGAAACUGCGUCUGGAGAAAUUGAGCUUGAAACAGAUUACGUUGGUUUCUAUCAAACUACGGAGCAGCCCCGGAAAUCUACAGCAGGUAAAAUUGUGAAUCUAGAAAUAACAACCGAGAUUCCAGUGGAAACUACAGCUAAUCACGACCUGGAAGAGACAGAAGUUUCGACUAUUUUUGGUUCCGGUUCAGUUAUACCAGAAGUCGACCAUGUUACAGAGGCAGUUACGGAAGCUGAGUUCAUAGAAGACGAACUGGAUAUUGAGAAAUGGUUGAAGAAACAUUACGAGGCAGAUUUGCUGUACCGUGUCAAUUUCACGAACGAGAGAAUGCAGAACAUCGCGGCCAUAUUGGAAGCGGGACUGGAAACGAUCACCGUUGCUAAUCUGAUUUUUGGUGGUGACAAAAUCGAAGCUUUUGACAACAAAUCAUUGAAGAUGUUGGACUUCAUGCAGACAUCUAGAGACCGCCAUUAUGAAGCACGUAGCCAGAAAAGCGAAGAGCGAGAACUUCUUCGACGUCUGAACGUCAUGCACAACCGAAUCAAACAGCUGAGACGAGUGGUACACGAAGGAUUGGAAAUUAUCACAAUCCCAAAUCUCUUGUUUGAGAACAAAAAAGUACAGAGCUAUGGAGCAGAAACUCUGCAAAUGCUACAGGACCACAAAGCCCAGAGGGCGGAUAUGAAGCUCCAAGGCGGUACAUACCAAGAAAAAUAUGCAAACGAGUUAGAGAAGCGUGCGGAUGAGCUUCGACAGAGAAUGGGAGAUAUGAAAGCCAAUCUGACAGAGUCACUGGGAUCUAACAACGUCGGCACAAUCAUUGCUGAAAUUAUCAUGCAGAGUGGCAGAUAGACGGAAAGUACUUACGAUUAAUUGCUUUGAAUAACAUUCUAUUUUGUACAAAUCAACGAAAGAAUUAUUUGUAGAGAAUUGAUUUUAAGAAUACAUUUAUUCGGAUGAUAUGAACAGGUUGAAAUAUAUUAGUGAAAUUCAAGCUCAGCUGUUUUUAAUUCA